CUCCAAUCACCUGUUAGUACCUACUUAAAGUGAUGUGUGUUCCAGUCACUGGAAAACGGGCAAGUGCACCCAAGGCCCACUAAUUGCAGGCAGGCUCGUUAUCCGUAGCGUCCCUGAAAGCGCACACAAAACACGAGCCUGAAGAAGUACAUGCAUGCUGGUACCUGCCCUGAGGUAGGCAGGAGUUGCGAACCUCAAAAAGGCAGUCGACACCCAAAACACCUGCUCUGAGCAUGACCGUCGUCCUCGGAGCAGCGAGUUGGAUCAAUUGCUUCGCGUCUCAAUUGGCAGUUAUUCGGUCUGGGCUUGGUUCUGCUUCGCUCACUACCUUCGCCUAGGUACCUACCUGGGUAGACGUAGGCGCCUUCCCUUAGGGGACCAGCUAUGGUUUCUCGAACAAGCACCAUUCGCACAACAUCACGAAUAGCUUCGUUUUCUCGCGAUGGCUAAAAUCACACAGCUGCGCUCUUACAGCGAGACCAGAUUCGACCACCGGGUUGCAGAUGGGUUUCCCUGCAGCAACCCGACCGUCGAUUUGUCCGUCAGCUGGGAUGCAACGGGGAAGAAUCUUCUGAUAUACCGACCCAGGGAACAGGUUGUGUCCAAAAUCCACCAAUUCGCAAAACCUGGCCAGCAAACACCACAACCACAGGCCGUGAGAUGGAAGCCGGAUGGUAAUUCCGUGUAUUCAGCGCCUAUGGGCACCUUUUUGACUGACUCGGUGAUAGGUCAGUUCCUCGCUGUAGGCUGGAGUGACGGCUACGUAAGGUUGAUGGGCUUGGAGAACAACAAAGCUGCACAUCAUAUCCGGGUCUGUGGAGACAACACAACAGCGCCCAACAUCACCCACAUCGGCUGGUCACGCAAUACCGUAGGCAAAUCAGGAUUUCGAUACCAGAAGACAUCGUCUCAGCCGUGGCAGAAGCUCAUGUCGGAGGAGCUCGAACUACCUGCGGGACUCGCCUCACUAGAUUUUCCGGGAGAACUCACCUUCUUGGAGGUGGACUCGGCACUGCCCAAGAUCAGCCCUUUGCCUAGCUCAAGUGCUGGAGCAGGCGAAGAUGGGCUGGUGUUCACGUUGCGGACAGGCAUCGAGUACCUAUUCCAACCUUUUAACAAUCAGGACAGCGAUCAAGUCUUCGUAAUGCUCGUGGGAACGAGCGAUGGCCACCUUCAUCUCAGCAUCUACGACUCUUUUGUUAUUGGCAACUUCCGAUAUACCCUGCCAAGCUCAAUGUACAGGCCGGGUGUCCUCCAGCUAGUCCAACAUGCUUCUCAUCCAGAGGUGUCAACCCAUGCUCUAUUCCUGAAACCCUCAGCCGACGACGACCAGGCAUUGUAUCUUGUACCUAUGGACCUACCUUUUAUUCCUCUGUCGCCGAUUAACAUCUCCCUCUUGGCGUCCAAACUCACGACACUGCAAAAGUUGCUACGAUAUGUGAAGCAAACGCAACUGCAUAUGCAGGUGGAAUACAAGAAUACGAGGGAUCUGCCUUCUAAGUUCUUGCGCAGUGUAGAAGGGGACCUGGAGCAAGCUUCCUAUGGCCCGACAAACGUUGUUCAGGCGUUGUUUCAUACAGUUAUUACAGGCCAUACAUACGAACCUGUUCGCGAAUGGCUUGUCGAUAGCCUAGCUGAGCGUGGACAUAAACGAUGGGAUAAGGCCGUUGUAUCUGGUCUCGAAAACUUGCGAUGUUUGAUACACGAGAACAUGCUGCCCGCACUGGAGAGAUGCGCCAUCAUUCUUAGCCGUCUACGUGGGCUAGCUCAGUUUUACGAUUCAAGGGACGACAUCGGCUUCACUGUUGCCCAGAUUUCCCGUGCAAUGGACAUCGUCUCUUGCCUUACAUUGGUUGGCCACAGGAUCUUGCUCAACGUCAUGGAAGAACUCGAUCUCUUCAAUGCCUUCUCCACUUGGAUGCGAUUCCAGAUCGACCGUCUCGCUGCCCCAAGCUCAGCAAGUGAAGAUCUAACGGAAAAGGAAGCCACCAUGGAGAACAGCAAGGUGCUAGUGUACGUUCAACGGUACCUUGUGGAGAGCCCUAUGGCCGUAUUCUUGGACGAGGUAUCCAAAGAAGACUACUCAACCAACUGGGAGCGAGCUGAGAGCGGAGCAUCAAUGCUUGAAGAAUUGGACACGCAGCUCAAGCGAUGGGAAGAAGGACAGUCUUAUUUAAAAGCUUUCCCGAAUGUCAGCUUUCUCGUCGAUUACCUUACUACUCGCGCGAAUGGAAUCUUCAAAGAUAUUGCCGAAGCACAGAAGAGAAGUGUUCGCUUCGGACAGCCGACAAAGAUCGCCUUGAGCCGCAAUAUUGCUAGGUUCGAUUCCACAAUGUGCCCAGAAAAGAAGGAGAAGGAGAUUGACGGACUUAUCUUCGCGGCUGUUGUCGAAGAGGGAUGUGACCAGAGUGUCUUCAUCUUCCGCACGUCCAUCGGCAUCAUCAACGGCAUCAGCAGCAACGUAACCACCACGACUGCAGCUCUUUCUGUAGAUGAUGGCAAGAUUGUCGACGUCAAGUUUCUGAACAGCAGCACGCUGGUUCUGCUUGUAUGCAAGCAAGGCAAAUCUGCCAACAUUGUUACGAUCCCGGUUCAGUCACACAGCAUUACAUACAUGCCCUACCAAGAGGGAAAUUUACCCAUGACGCAGGCUCUCUUUCAGCAGCUACAGGGUGAAGCAACCACAUUCCCGCUUCCCGAGGACCCGUCUUUCGCGCCGGCGCGGAUGGACGUUCAGGACGCCUCCGAUGCGCGCGGCGAAGUCCCCGCCCGCGUGUGUGUUCUAGGUGCUAAUCGGACCACCUACAAGGUCUUCAGCCUCGGGUCUGGUCUGGACGACACGCAACCGCCGGAACCGGCGACACCGAGAGCGGCACAGGGCGCUUAGAAGACGCUUGUGCCCCUGACGCCGGGGAACAUGUUCAAGGUGCCGGCGAAGCGCUUCACGCCGCGUAGGAAGAAACGUAUGGGUGUGCUGGAGGUUCAAGAGUUAGAAGAGGCGGCGCUAGAUGGGUUAUUUCACAGACUGCAGUCGCGUACACCUGAUAGACACGGACAGAGGUAGUCAAAAGUGGAUAGAUGGCUCAUAUCACGAAAGCGAGAGAGAAAGAAAUCAGAGUACUUUAGUGGUCGUGCAACAAGAAAAGAAAAAGAGAAUAAAGAUUUA